CUGCUGCUCACCCAUCUGCCUGUGAACUUCACUGGUGGACGGCAGCACUCCUGCUCACCUCGAAAGGGCAGCAUGGCGAGCCAGUUUGUGGAGAGCAAAAUCAGGAGCGGCCAAGUGACCGUGUUCAUUAAGGCCGGCUGCCCUUACUGCAGGAGCGCCAUGGAGAUCCUCAAGAGCUACAGCUUCAUGCCUGGAGGUCUGCAAGUGGUUGACAUAGCCCAGUUGCCGGAGACCCUGGAUUACCUGAGGCAGACUACCAAUCAAAGAACCGUCCCUUACGUGUUCUUUGGGAAUGAAUGCAUUGGAGGACUGUGCGACCUGCAGCAGAUGGGCCCGGACCUCUCUAGAAGGCUGUAUGCCAUCGGUGCCCUCCAGUAACUGAAAGGAGGAAGACCAGGAGCUAUGACCUUCUCUUUGUGGCAAACAAGCAUGUUGGAGCAAAUUCCUUGCAGCUGCCUCCUGUAGGGCCAAAUGCAUGUUUCUGGAGAGGACAGCUUCUUUUUCUUUCACUGAUCACUGAUUUGAUAUCUUAACUUCUCUUUAUCCUAUCUGCAACAAUGGAAAAGUCUAGUGCGGCCCAAUAAAAUACAGUUGCUCCAAGCA